GCUCUUCUCUGCCCAUUUAGAGCUGAUAAGGAGAGCCCGCCAGAGUCCGUUUUCCAGGUCUCCCGACACCAUGGGCAUCAGAUCCUUCCUCGCCUUAUUUCUCCUCCUCCUACUCUUGGGAUUUGAGGUCCAGGGGGCCUUGAGCCAAGAUGAGCCUGGCCCCACCCUGCUCACCCAGAUGCAAGAGUCCCUGUUCGGUUACUGGCACUCGGCCAAGAGAGCAGCCCAGGGCCUGUACGAGAACCCAUACGUAACUGCCAUGGACGAGAAGAUCAGGGACGUGUACAGCAAAAGCACAGCAGCUGUGACCACUUAUGCAGGGAUCUUUACAGACCAGCUCCUUUCUAUGAUGAAAGGAGAACAGUAACGUCGCUGGAGGAGGGGGCGGAGCCCAGACCCAGCAUCCCUUGGCUCCCCAGACCUUGCUGGGGCCCAUGGAGCGCAAGGUUGGUGGUCCAGACUCCAGGAUUCUAGCAGCUCUUGCGUGAUCUUAUCCCAACUCUAGCCUGACUUCUUAGCAAUAAUAAUAACAACAACAAUAACAAAAAAGCCAACAUUAUUCUCUUGGAUGUGGUUACUUUUCUGUGACCUCAGAUGCUUGGUAGAGGCGGUGAGUGAUUUAAUCCAGCCAACAUUUUUUGGGCACAUAUUGUACGGAUGGAGGCCUCAACCGGUCAGUGGGACUAAGAAGCGGAAAAAUAACAGUGACUCUAAUAAUGAAACUAGAAACCUUCCUUCCCUGGCUUUCUCGUCUAUCAAGACAGACCAUGGACACAGAUACUGACAGUGGCCUCCCGUAGUGCCAGACCCUGGGUCGACCCUUUAAAGGUGCC